AUGUCUCAUCUAACGCGACCGCUGAGCCGACAACGAGAUCCUCCUCCCUCUUUAUUCCUUCAUCCAUCUCCAUCAGCAUCAAAUGUCUCCUUAUCAAAUGCACCGCCGCCAACUGUCCCUUUCAUAGGGCAGUCAAACUUACGGCCUAACGCCGAACGUGCUCCAUCUGUUAGAUCUGGACGAUCCGGGGCUGUGGCCUCUCAUCAUCGAGCUGGACUAUUUCCAGCAGAGAGCACACGCGCGACAGGUGACCGUACUGACCUCUUAUGGUCCGAAAUGCAAGCGACGUUGGAAGAAGUCGAGCUCUCAGCUUCUGGUGGCACUCACGUGUUUGGCCCAGAUCAUGACCGCAAGCUGGCUGACUUGAGAGCCGCUCAAAUUGCCCUUGCUCAAGCCUGGGCCAGAAGUGAAGCAGAUGAUGUUAUAGACACAGCCCAGCUCGAAACUGUGGGGUCUGUAGCUGGAUCUGAAGUUCGAAACAUGAAGGGUGCGCUCGGCGAUACCUCCAAGUCUGGUCCUGAUGGCACAGAGAAGAGUGCCGUUGGAAGCAGCAGUAUCUCACGACCUAACAGUAGCGGCACAGGAGUUGAGAGACUGGGUCACAAGCUCGAGGAAGAGACGGAAGUGGAUAUCCUCCUCGCAAGGAAACGACGAGAAGCCAAUGAUAGAUAUUUCCAGAGAGUCAAUCAAGGAGUGAUCGACGUGGUAGCCCGGCUUGAAGAUGUCGCAGUGGCUAUGAGAGCUGUUGAACAGGAAAGCAAGGAAGUUUGGAGCGAGAACGACAGUGUUCCUGGCGCCUCGAGGACGUGA